UCUACUUGUUUCUCUACUCUCUUCUUCUUCUUCUUCUUCUCCUUCUCCUUCUCCUUCUCCAAUCGACUUUCAUCUCCCCUCAAUGGAACCCUAAUGCCCUUCUUUCUCAUCAAAUUGAUCAAAAACUCCUUAACGUUCUUCAAUCCGUUGUUCAAUUAUUUGCCCAUUUUUUCUUUGCUCUCCGUUCCCUGAUCUAGAUCGUCAACGGUGCAAAAGAACGUGGAGGACGAAGGGUCUGUUUCAAACUUGUUAAAGAAGUUUCAGGUUUGGGGAUAGAGGUGUCCAGCUAAUUGGAGUGGCCCAGGGGAAGGAGCCGAGCAACGACAAGGGGAGACAAAAAAGAAGGUGCUUGGCUCCAACGAGUUAAAUCAAAUUGGAUUUGGGUUUAUGGAACUUGCAUUUUUAAGAAGCAAUAUAUUGGUGAAUAUGGUUUCAUAGCAUUUAGAAAUUUAGUAGAAAGUUAGGAGAUGGCAUUUUAUUCCCAAGAGGAUUCUGCUGAUGAUUACCUCUUUAAGAUCGUUCUUAUUGGCGACUCAGCUGUCGGAAAGUCGAACUUGCUUGCUAGAUUCGCUAGAGACGAGUUUUACCCUAAUUCAAAAUCAACGAUAGGAGUAGAAUUUCAAACCCAAAAGAUAGAAAUUAAAGGGAAAGAAAUUAAGGCCCAAAUCUGGGAUACGGCUGGUCAAGAACGUUUCAGAGCUGUUACAUCUGCGUAUUAUAGAGGUGCGGUCGGAGCUCUUUUGGUCUACGAUAUUAGUAGACGUCAGACUUUUGAUAGCAUCGGCAGAUGGCUCAACGAACUUCAUACUCACUCGGAUAUGAAUGUGGUUUCGAUUCUCGUUGGCAACAAGUCGGACCUUAAAGACGGCAGGGAGGUUUCCACGGAUGAAGGGAAGUCAUUGGCUGAAUCUGAGGGUUUAUUUUUCAUGGAAACUUCAGCUCUCGACUCCUCCAAUGUAACUGCUGCUUUUGAGACAGUCGUUAAAGAGAUUUACAACAUUUUGAGCAGAAAAGUGAUGCAAUCUCAAGAGCUGAAGAAAGCCGAGCCAUCGUUGUCGGGAGGCGGAAAAACCUUGCUCUUGGAAACGGACUCGAACCAAGAAAGCGAACCUAAAAAAGUGGGUUGUUGUUCAUAUUAAAAUCUCCAUUUCCAAUCAAGUUUUUUGGUCAUGUGGUUCGUUUUUACUGUAUUAGAUAAUGUUCAUAUGAUUGAGAAAAAGAAGGGAAAAAAAGGGGGUUUUUUGUGUCUCAAAUGUGUUUCUGUUUUUGCAAGUGUUUGCGUUGAGCCAAUCGAUAUUGUUUAAAGAAAUGGAAAGAUUCAAGUGGACACAUUUUGA